AUAAACUUACGUUAUGAGUAUAAUUAGGUAUUUUUAUGACGCAUAGUAUAGUCGUUUAUGACCAUGUUAAACCCAAAGAUAAUCGUUUCACUUGUUAAACAAGAUGAACUGCGCGCAAUUGUCAAAAUAUGGACAACGGCGUCAAGCCGUAGAGACCGCGAGCGCCUAUAUAAGGCUGCGUGGCAUGGCGCGUGAGAAACAUAAGAGCCGCUGAGUUUCGUUCAGCUCUGAGAUUAAUGUAAUAUAGACGUCAGUGCAGAAGUGGGAGGAAAGGGAGCGGAGUUCUUUGGAAAUAAACGUCUCUAAUGUAGUCGAACCUGGAACAGAAAGUCAUGCUUGGCAGCUGUCUCAGUUGAGAUGUUGGACACGAACAGUACUGGACGAGUAAUGGAGAGUCAAUGGCGUCUACCUGCGCAAAGAAGGAAUAAACUUUCGGGAAACGAAUGCAGCUCCUAAAUUCAAGAAAUUAUUGGUUACAGAAUGAAGCACGGGAAAGGGUUCCGCUGCAUCUUGCUAUCCAGGCGCAGCUCUGAGGAUUUAUGCGAUUUUACGGGAAACACCAAACGGGAGCAAAUGAAGACGGAACAUAAAUCGCCGAAAAACAAUAUGGAACCAGCAUUGCUCUUCAGAGGAUUUAAUUACUUAAAGUUUGUGAAACGCAAUAUCCAAUAUUGUAAAACAUAGGAAGAUUGGUAGAUUAUGGAGCAAAAACCAAACGGUAGUCUGGAAUGAAAAACUAGCCUAUCAGAGGCUCGCUUAAUCUUUCAUCCGCGUGUAAAACGAGUCCAAACGCAACGCAUUAUUGCUGCGCUUUCUGUGUUCCUGUCCGUAAGUGUAAAGCCACUGUUGGGAAAUGAAUGGCAGAAAACACAACUGGUAAUGACAGAUAUGUAUUUAGCUGCAUGUUCUCAUUGUUGUACGCAAGUAACAAAAAACAAUUUAGCAAUUAACAUAUACACCUGAACAUACCACGGCUACCGUCAAAUAACGAGGUGCAUAUUUAUAAGUAUAAAUACACAAGAACUAUACUAGUCGCUAAGUUUUUAGUGAGAUGUAAAACUGACGUCAAAUCCAGCCACUUGUUAUUCAUUAUUUUGAAUAAAUGCUGCAGGGAACACGUAACGAAUUUGACUUAGCCACGCUGUUGCUCUAUUAUCCUGUAUGCAAUUUUUGUUUUAUGUGUUUUCAGAAGAUGGACUUAUUAAAAAGACAGUAAGGAUUUUAUUACUGAUUGCCGACCCAGAGAUUAAAUAUACCAUGUUCGCUUACUGUCGCGUGUUUGUCCUGGAGGAGCAUCGCUAAAGAAAGGAGAUCGCACAGACGCUUCAAAGGUCAUUAACAGGAACAAAUCAGAUAAACGCAGCUUCUAAUUUGAUCGAUACACUAUUUCGAUAAAGUUACUGUUGCAUGAAUGUUUGUAAAGUUGUGUGACACGUCAGUCCGUUGAAUAACAACCACGUGAACCGGGAGAGCAGGAAUAAAAACAUAAGAAAAAAUCCGAGUUAAUAUAUGGAAUUCAUUGUGGAAGUGCAGUGAAAAUAAUUUUAUUGUGAAAGAAAUGACUGAGUGUCACCCUGUUAAGUUUACUUUGAAAUAUCUAUCCAGCUGUUGUGAGUUAAUUGUUAUAACACUAUGGAAGGAAGGCAACAGAAACUCUACACCAGCCUGUCUUCAGUCCUGGUACUUCAGUGCAUCUCCAGUCAAUUGAGAUUAUGAGCUGAGUUAUGCUUCCAGGAGCUGAAACAAUGGAUUUGAACUUCUCAACCGUCCUUGACAGUGGCUUAUCAGAGACAGACUCAUCUGUGCGUGUGCUAACUGGCUGUUUCCUGUCUUCGCUCAUCGUGUCCACUCUUCUCGGGAACACAUUAGUAUGUGCCGCUGUUACCAAGUUCCGCCACCUUCGCUCCAAAGUAACUAACUUCUUUGUAAUCUCACUGGCAGUGUCAGACCUGCUGGUGGCCAUUUUGGUAAUGCCAUGGAAGGCUGUGACCGAAGUUGCUGGCUUCUGGCCAUUUGGCUCCUUCUGUAACAUAUGGGUGGCAUUUGACAUAAUGUGCUCUACGGCAUCAAUCUUGAACCUGUGCAUCAUUAGUGUAGACAGGUACUGGGCCAUAUCCAGCCCGUUCCGCUACGAGAGGAAGAUGACGCCCAAAGUUGCAUUUGUGAUGAUCAGUGUGGCAUGGACUCUCUCGCUCCUCAUCUCUUUCAUCCCUGUACAGCUGAAUUGGCACAAGGCGCAGACUACCAGCUACUUUGACCACAAUGGCUCCUAUGGGGAUCUUCUGCUGGACAACUGUGACUCCAGUCUCAACAGGACUUACGCAAUCUCAUCUUCUCUAAUUAGCUUCUACAUUCCUGUGGCCAUUAUGAUCGUCACAUACACUCGGAUUUACAGAAUAGCCCAGAAACAGAUCAGACGCAUUUCUGCCCUGGAGAGAGCUGCAGAGAGUGCCAAGAACCGGCACAAUAGCAUGGGGAACAGCUCAAGCGUGGAAACGGAGAGCUCCUUCAAAAUGUCCUUCAAAAGAGAAACUAAAGUCUUAAAGACCCUGUCUGUGAUAAUGGGUGUGUUUGUGUGUUGCUGGCUGCCCUUCUUCAUCCUGAAUUGUAUGGUCCCCUUUUGUGAGCAGGCACACCCCAACGGUAGUGCCGACUUCCCCUGUGUCAGCUCCACCACCUUCAACGUGUUUGUCUGGUUUGGCUGGGCUAACUCUUCGCUUAACCCCAUCAUAUAUGCCUUCAAUGCUGACUUUCGUAAAGCCUUUUCCAUUCUUUUGGGCUGUCACAGACUGUGUCCAGGAAGCAAUGCCAUUGAGAUAGUCAGCAUCAACAACAAUGGAGCACCACCACAACUGGUCCACAAUCAGCCCAAAGCAUGCUUCUCAAAAGGGUGCAUCCCUAAAGAGGGCAACCUCAGGCACGGAAUCCCUCACACCAUCCUCAGCCAGGAUGAGGAGCUGCAGAAGAAGGGGAAUGCUAUUGAGAGAAUUUCUCCUGCUCUGUCAGGCAGCCUGGACAGUGAAGCUGACCUGUCUUUGGACAAGAUAAACCCCACAACAGAAAAUGGGCAGAACAGCACAUAAGACUUGCAGUGGAAUCCUUCCAAUGCACAUUUACAUUAGAUUUUUAAACAUUUACGUAGAUGAAGGUAAUUAAUUCAUAUAACUUGAAAAUUAUCCCAGCAUGAGUGGAGAACUGGCAAACUGAACUUCACGGAGGACAAUAAAUUCUGUGUUUGUCUUAAAUCUGAAAUACACAGAAUGUUCACAAUGAAGGCACUUUAUCCUGAAAUGAUCUGCAAAACAUUAUUUAUGCGUUAAAAGAGAAAUAAAGGAAUAAAAUAGUUCAAAGUAACUCAAAUAAAAUAACCAAUGUGCAUGUGUAGAGGAGUAUCACAAAAAUAUGAAGAACACUUUUUUUAAAAGAAUUACCUGAAAGUGAAUGCAUGUAUCUAUUCAUCUAGAUAAGUUAGUAGGGCUUAAUUGAUCAUUUACAGUUCAUUUUACACACUUUUGACGAGUAUUACUGUGGGAUAAAUGGUUGAAUAUUUUGCAGUGAAUUACAGUAUAUUUGACUUAUUUUUGUAUUUCUACAUUUAUUAAAAUAAUUUGAGAGAAAUUCUUAGUUUUGCUUAUAAUAAUCAAUCUUGGUCUUAUGAGAAUUAAUUCAUUCAUGUAACCUUUAUUUAGGUCUCGGAAGACAUAUUGAAGUUGUUUGCUCCCAUUUGCAAUGGGACAGAGAUUGCAACAACAUAAAACAAAAAUUAAAUUAAAAAAUAAUAAAAUUAAAGUUCAAUCAAA